ACGCAGCGUGCCCCGCCCCCGCCGCUAGAUCGGCUGCUGCUGCCGCUGCGGGCGGACCUGCAGGAGGCGGCAGCGGCGGCGGUGGCUGCGGCCGAGGCCAAGGGAAGAUGGCGGACGGCGUGGACCACAUAGACAUUUACGCUGAUGUGGGCGAAGAGUUCAACCAGGAAGCUGAAUAUGGUGGGCAUGAUCAGAUAGAUUUGUAUGACGAUGUCAUCUCUCCAUCGGCAAAUAAUGGAGAUGCCCCAGAAGAUCGGGAUUACAUGGAUACUCUCCCACCAACUGUUGGUGAUGAUGUGGGUAAAGGAGCAGCACCAAAUGUUGUCUAUACAUAUACUGGAAAGAGAAUUGCAUUGUACAUUGGAAACCUAACGUGGUGGACAACAGAUGAAGAUUUAACUGAAGCAGUUCAUUCUUUGGGAGUAAAUGAUAUUUUGGAGAUAAAAUUUUUUGAAAAUCGGGCAAAUGGCCAAUCAAAGGGGUUUGCCCUUGUUGGUGUUGGAUCUGAAGCAUCCUCAAAAAAGUUAAUGGAUCUGUUGCCUAAAAGAGAACUUCAUGGUCAGAAUCCUGUUGUAACUCCAUGCAAUAAACAGUUCCUGAGUCAAUUUGAAAUGCAGUCCAGGAAAACUACACAAUCAGGACAAAUGUCUGGGGAAGGUAAAGCUGGUCCUCCGGGAGGCAGUUCACGUGCAACAUUUCCACAAGGUGGUAGAGGACGGGGCCGUUUUCCAGGGGCUGUUCCCGGUGGGGACAGAUUUCCUGGGCCAGCAGGACCAGGAGGGCCACCCCCACCUUUUCCAGGAAAUUUGAUCAAGCAUCUUGUUAAAGGAACUCGGCCUUUGUUCCUGGAAACUAGGAUUCCAUGGCAUAUGGGGCACAGCAUAGAGGAAAUACCCAUUUUUGGCCUAAAAGCUGGACAGACUCCACCACGUCCACCCCUAGGACCUCCAGGCCCACCUGGUCCACCAGGUCCUCCACCUCCUGGUCAGGUUCUGCCUCCUCCUUUAGCCGGGCCUCCUAAUCGAGGAGAUCGCCCCCCACCGCCAGUUCUUUUUCCUGGACAACCUUUUGGACAGCCUCCAUUGGGUCCGCUUCCUCCUGGUCCUCCACCUCCAGUUCCAGGCUAUGGCCCCCCUCCUGGUCCACCACCUCCGCAACAGGGACCACCUCCACCUCCAGGCCCUUUUCCACCUCGCCCUCCUGGUCCUCUUGGGCCACCCCUUACACUUGCUCCUCCUCCGCAUCUUCCUGGACCACCUCCAGGUGCUCCACCGCCAGCUCCACAUGUGAACCCAGCUUUCUUUCCUCCACCAACUAACAGCGGCAUGCCUACAUCAGAUAGCCGGGGUCCACCCCCAACAGAUCCUUAUGGCCGACCUCCGCCAUAUGAUAGGGGUGACUAUGGGCCUCCUGGAAGGGAAAUGGAUACAGCAAGAACACCAUUGAGUGAAGCUGAGUUUGAAGAAAUCAUGAACAGAAACAGGGCAAUCUCAAGCAGUGCUAUUUCAAGAGCUGUGUCUGAUGCUAGUGCUGGUGAUUAUGGGAGUGCUAUUGAGACAUUGGUAACUGCAAUUUCUUUAAUUAAACAAUCCAAAGUAUCUGCUGAUGAUCGUUGCAAAGUUCUUAUUAGCUCUUUGCAAGAUUGCCUUCAUGGAAUUGAAUCCAAGUCUUAUGGUUCUGGAUCAAGAAGACGUGAACGAUCAAGAGAGAGGGACCACAGUAGAUCACGAGAAAAGAGUCGGCGUCAUAAAUCCCGCAGUAGAGAUCGUCACGAUGAUUAUUAUAGAGAGAGAAGUAGAGAACGAGAGAGACACAGGGACCGGGACCGGGACCGUGACCGAGAGCGUGACCGAGAGCGCGAGUAUCGUCAUCGUUAGAAGUAUAUACCUACAUUUUAAAUGGUCCAACUACUUGUUCUGAAUUUAAUCUUCUGGAAGCAUCUGAAACAAAUGACAGGUAAGUAAUAACAGGUAAAAAAAUCUUGACUUUUUUUGAAUAUUGUAUUGCUGAGUUAUAACUUUUAGCUUUCAGAUUGUUAAGGGUCUUAGGAAAGCAAGAAAAUAAUCAAGAGGACUCAUUGUCUACUUCUGAAAUCUAGAAAUUAGAAUUCUCUUAAUCACAUAGUAAGCAUGUGAUUUAAAAUAUAAAAAUACCGGGAGUUACUUCAUAUAUAUAUGUAAAGUGCAUGGACUUUAAAAAAUAAAUUUCAAGUUUCUCUCCUGGAACAAACUUAAUUUAUCCCUAAAACUUUUAAAAGGACAGGAUGGUUACUCAACUUUCAAAGAGCAUUUCUACUUUCAAAAAAACCCAUUAUUUAGUAAAUAUAGUUUUUCUAGUGUCUGGUGUUUUUGUUUUUAAAAGAAAGAAUAUAAUUUGCAAAGAAGAUAUAACACUUAUUCCAUUUAAAUGGAUUCAGGGUACUUCGUAUCUGUGAAUUUUAAAUUGUAUCAAAUUAUACAUCCCAGGUUAGAAUAACCUUGAAAUAAUUUUCUUUGAUGUCUCAUUCAUAAACCAUAAUCAUUGUCUUUUUUUCUGUAUUUUAAAACUUUCUUGUGUACAUUUUUCAUAAAGCGGGAAGAGUUGUCUGUUUCUACUUCAUUUUCACGUGUAACUUUAUUUUUAUUCAUGUGAAAAGUGGGAGGAGGGCACUACAAAGAGUUGUGCAUAUUACACAAAGGUUAUUCUGUAAACAAAUAUUUUCUUUAUAUGUUGGUGGCAUACUCAAAUUAGGCUAAAACAAACCCUUUAUACGUAACUACUCUUCACAUGAUUGUUUUCCUUAAUCAUGGGAAACACUGAAAAAUUCAGUGAUGGUAAUUGUUAGUAUUUAAAUUGUUAUGGACAAAAUCAAAGACUAUCAAAUGUAUAAUUUUGUGGUAGGAUAGCAGUUUCUUUAAUAGUAGGUAUUUAUAGCAAAUGGUAAAUUUUUUUUGAAUAAUACUAUUUAUAAAGUAAGUAUGUAAGUCUUAUUUUUAUGGUACACAGCAGGCUAUUUCACUAAUUAUUUCCAGUUUUAAGGGAUCUUUGAAGUGAAAAGACCAGUUUUAAAACUUUUCCUUGCAUUUCAAAGACGCAUUUUGAGUAUCGAAAUUUUAAUUUUAAAAUAAUCCUCCGUGUAUUGUAUUAUAGAACGCAAUAUAAAUAACUCAAAACAUUUUUAAUAUGCAAAUCACCUUUUACUUUUAAAAUUAAGCUUAUUGAAAUUGAUACUGUGUUUUGGAUAUGAGUAAGAAUUGAAUGUUGUAUCAUGUAAAUUCAAACAUUAAAUUUUAAACAUACAGGGUUUUUUCUCCUUGGGUUGAAUAGAUCUGAUCUCAUCUUGCGAAAAACUUCUCAGUGUCCAUCAGUUGCUUAAGGUGAAUUGUGGCCAACUUUAUAUCAGCCAUUUCAUUUAUAUAAUAAGGUACAGAUCCUACAAGUUAAAUUUUUAUUUAGACUUUGUCAGCUUUCAAUAAGAUUCCAUUUACUGAAGGCAUGUUAAUGAAACCUGCAUACAUUUUCAGUCAUCUCUUAAGAUUAUAUGUCUUCAUCAGGGGCUUCUGAACCAGUUGGUGCCCAAAAUUAAUUAAUGAGUUUGGGUUGGUUUUUUCUUUGUUGUUGUUGUGGUUUUAACUGGUUCUAUUUAAACUAGCAUAGUGUUUGAAUUAACUAACAUUACAUUCUUAGUAAUGGGUACACCUAAAUAGAUUGUUUACAGCUUGAGUUUCGUUAAGGAUUCAGACAUUAAUUGUGAAUUCCUAACUUGCAAACUAUUUGUUGACAUUUCUUAUAAAUCACUGAUGUGUACCAUACCAAAAUUUCCAUGUUUUGUUUGUACAUUAAUCAGAAUUGAGUUGUAAUAUUGUUAUGUGCCUACAUCCAAGCAAAAUUUUACAUGAGCAUUUCCAGUGCAGAAAAUUCUGUUAUUCUGGAAUAUUAUACCUUUGCUAUACCAAACUUACUUAUUACAUGUGUAGACAUGAAUAAAGGGAUGGGGACUGGGAUAGUCAACUUUCUACACAUUUAAUAACCAUAAUAAUAAGGUCUGUUGACCUUUACAGAAGUUUUUAAAUAUGAGUCCUUUUGAGCUUUUAUGUAAAUCUUAAAUUGACUAAAUGGAAUAAGAGUAACUUGGAAGCUAAAGUGAAUGCCAGUAAGUCUGUAUAUAAAUAAAAUAAUAAUGUAAUCUAUUAUUAAAGUGCUGAUAAAUGGCUAAAAGAGCAAGUUCUUAAUUUAACUGGAAACAUAAUGAUGUUGGCAAGCUGUUAAUGUCUGUUCCAUUUUAAUUUUUUUGUGUUCGAACUGUUGGUAAUGUUAAUUGCAUUCUCUCAUUUUUAAAAUGUAUUAGUUUUUCCAAAAGCAAUAUAGUAUCUAAUUUUAAAUAGACAAUAUUUUAAUGGGAAUAUCAGUAUUGUAAAUUUUUGUUAUGUAAAUACAUUGUGCUUCAAAUUCUGUAAUUUCUGCCUCUAUUCUCAGACCACUCUGAGCAAAACAAAAGUAUUUCCGUGUUUUAAAAUUGUACACUUCUUACAGAAAUAAUUUUGCUUUCAUAGUUGUAUUAUUUUAGGUUGCAUUCCACUUACUACUUGUUUGGAACAACCCUACUCAGUAAAUUUCUGUUAACAGUUCAGUUUCUCUUUGUGUACUAAAGAGUAUUAAAACCAAAUUAUUUUUAAAUUUUUAAAAAUACUUUUUACUCAUCUCUCCCUGAUAAAUGAGGUUUUAUAUAUUCUCAAAUCAUUAUCCGUUUCUUUGAUUUAAAAAAAACUUAAGCAUUAUGUAUGAAAUAUGAAUUAAAUAAUUUUACUUUUUGUUGAAUGAUUACCUUAGACAUAAAUGUUACGAUCUUAAAAGAGGUUGGUGUUGCACAAGAUUUAGGGCACUUUGCAUUCCUUAUUCAGUUUAUAACUUUUCAUUAAUUUGGAAAAAACUUUAAAAAGCCAAAAGAACCAUAAAUUUUUCCUUAUGUAUUAAGAUGUUUCAUUUUCUUAAGAGUUAGUAUUACUUUGAGGCUUAUGUGAAAAUUAAACUCUCCUAAUUACAUGAUGAAGGAUACUGGUGGUAAUGAGAUUGAAAAAUUAUGUCUGUAACUCUCAGGUCAUCUGAGACUGCCUUAAUAUUGUCCAGCCCUGUGUUUUCUUUGUGUUUUCCCGGAUAUCCUAACUGCUUCAUUUGGAUAUGCUAGCUUUCACUUUUUUUGCUCUAAUUUUUCUUGCUUUUAGUAUUACUUGCAAAACCUGUCUGACUUACAGCUAUCUUAAUUGUUAAGUGUGGGAGGGUAGGAAGUGAUCCUGUUGAAUGACUGUAUAGUGUGUUUGCUCACUGUGGUUUAAGAAUAUGGUUGUUGACAAACAAUUUAUGUUCCCUCUUAAAAAAAUAAUCGGUGCCAAUGUGAGUCACUUUGCUCUCACCAUCAUCUUAGUAUGAAGUUUAUUGCCAUUGUUUUAGUUUGUAAAUUAGAUUGUUUUGAAUGAGUAAUAUUUUGAAUGACUAGUUAGCAUUGUUAAAUGAAAACCUGAUAACCAACAAGGGCUAAGUUUGCCAUAUACACUAUCUAGAUUUACCAAUUUGCUUUCUGCAGUAGCAUAUUUAUACUCUUGCAGUGAAUUCUGAAUCACAUAAACAACUUAUUUUGAAAUGUCCAUUUUGUGAAAUUUUAAGGGCAAAGCUAAGUUUUUGUGGUGAAGGUUAUUUCUACUCUUUAGUGAACUGCCUAUAGCAACAAUCAUGUAAAGGGUUUAUAGUGUAAUGAAAGGCUUUAGUUAAAAUGAGGUAAGUACUGUGUCUAAAGGUUGAAAGAUGGAAAUACGAAAUGUUUGGGUAGUAAGGGAAUUUUUUGUAAACAUCUACACUAAACAGAAUUUUGUAUAAUACAUUCUUGUUGAUGCAGGAAGGAAUUCUGAUUUUUGAAAAGAUUUAACUUACAUUAAAGAUACUUCUGUUUCUUUUGCUCAUCGUCUCCAUUCCUCUCAUUAAGGAGAAAUUUUGAGAUAAAAGUGAAUUUUAUUUCACUGAGUUAAUAGAAGCACAUCUUUAAAAUAUUAGAGUUAUUAAAAUUCAGUGAUUAAUACAAAAACCUACAAAAGAGCCAUAUUAAUAUACAUUUGAAUCUUUUACUUGAAGGUUGGAUUUGUCAUGCAUUUAAGAUACUGUUGUUAACAAAUUCGGUUAGAUAGUUUUUAACACGGAACUCAUCAUUUUAAUUGUUAGUAUUGACUUGAUCUCACAUUAAUCUGAAAAUGCAGAUGCCUCUCUGUAUUGAAAUUUUAUUUAGUGCUCACUUGCAAGACUUCAUUGAGAAGGCGCAGGUUCCAUUUGUCGACUUAGUUGUUUUUAACCCAUUAUAGUAGAUCUCCUUUUUAUGACUGAUAGCUAAAGCAAGUAAUUGUGUGGAUUUGACAUGAAAAGAUUUGACCAAAUGGUAUUCUGAAAACAAGCAUUGGAUGUAUUUGUCACUUUUAAGCUUUUUGAUAUCUUUGUUUAUAUAGAUGUCUACUUAGAAAUUUAAGACUAUAAUAUGGAAUUGGACUAUUGGAUAUGGGUUGUGUUGCCUUCAAAUUUGCUUCCAUUUCAGUUUGUAAAUUUUGUAUUUCCACAAUGGAUAACUGUAACAUGUUUAGAGAUAGAAAUAUAAAUUGUCAGAGUAUUCCCCAGAUUUUAUGUCUGUAUGGUGAAAAUGAGAGACUUAUUAAUAGUAAAGAUCUAACUCAAAAGUAUAAAUCAUGCAAAAGAUGAGUUCAUUCGUCCUGGAUAAAGAUGUUUUGUAAUUUUAUGAACAGGAUUUUCUACAUUAAAAACAGUAAAAUUUUCCAUUGGAGUGAUGAAUGAUAUAAAGUUGGAAUGUAUGCUAUAUGUUUUUUGGAAGGGUUGGGUAUUUUUAUUUUGCUCACUGUCACAUUAAAUAAACUUUCCCUUUUAAUGACUCAUCCUUCCAAGCAUAAACAAAACAAAACAGGGAGCUAGCAUUCUUUUGCAGUAAGAUUGAUGACUUUUUUCAGUAAUCCAUUUUUUCAUAUCUGUUGUCACUUUAAUACUAUGAUACUAGUUUUAAAAGUACAUUGCAAAUAAAAAUAAUACAUGAAAGCAGCCUUUCUAGAUUUUUUUCCACCAAAAGGUUCAUCAACAAUCAGAUAAGGGCACAGUAACAGGUGACAUUAGAAAUAGCUUAAAUAAUCUUUUUGAAGAACAUGGGCAAAUAGAAACCAUUUAAAAGAGAAAGUCCAGGAUUGUAGCGCUGUUUUUUUUUUUCUUUUGCAGCCAUGCAGUUUAGGAUUUACUGCUAGGCAGUAUAAAUAUUAUGUAUAUGUGUACUGGUGCUCUUAAGAUUCUCACAGCUAGUGGAAAGGACAUAAAUGGUGAAAUUUAUAGUUACAACAGAAUAUUAAUUACUCUUAGUAGAGCAAGAGUAUUUCUUAAUUUUAUGGCAAAAUACCACUAAAAUAUUGUGCUUUUUUGCCUCUUACUGUUUCAAUAAUAAGAUUUAUUGAAAUGUUCUCUUUGCAUUUAUAUUUUAAAUGCCUGGUACUUCAGUAAUCACUUAUAUCCAAGUUAAUUAAAUGUCUUUUUUGUGAAGCUCUACUUGAAGUUCAUAUAUUUAUGUAUUCUUGAAAUUUUAGUUUAUGAGAUUUAUUGGUUGUUUUUUCUUUAUGUGAGUUUUCAAUGAAAUUUAUCAUUGUAGAUCUCUAUUUAGCUUGUUUUUGGUUAGUUUAUAUACAUUAAAUAUUUAAAUAUAGGUGAAAUAGAGUGAAAGUAAAUGUUUUAAAUUUGUAUUAUGUCUAAAGAUUUGUAUGUGGAUGUUAUUUAAAUGUGCAUACUGAGCUAUAUAUUCAUAAAUUUUAUUUAUAAAUAUUGUAACAUGGAGGACCUUUUGAUUGAUAACAUUUCAAAAGUUCCUGUAUGCUGUCAAAUAAAUACAACUAAUUUGUAAACUAAUUUAUUGCAUUUUAUAUUCAGUUCGCAUUUCAUUGUUAAUGCGUUCUAUAGAAUUGAUAUGUGGCUGAAUGAAAAAUAAUCACAUUAAAUCGUUCAAGCAUUUUUCAUUUAUUUUUGUAGUAUGCAUACUUUAGGAAAUGACUUACAAAUGUUUUUAUUACAGAAACAGUAGCUGUUAUAUUUUCACUUCUGUUUCAGUCAUUAAAUUUAUAAGGCUGUAAUGUCCACGAAGAAUGAAAUCAGAAUGUCUCGGUUUUAAUUUUUAUAUAAAUUGGGAGCAUUUCUCCACCACAAAGGCAGCUACUGUUUCAGUUAAUUCUUAUUUUGUGUUAGAAUACUUAACAGUGAAGUAGAUGCACGACUUGUGUAUGUAUAGUUAAGCCAGCGUUUUUCUGUGUAUUAUGGGGAAUAGCAAAAUCUACAUCACAAAUUUUGACACAUUACAGCUGAAGGAAGAGGAACACCUUCCAAGACAAAAACAGUCUUCAUGAGGGAAACAUGACGCUUGUCCAGCAGUUUGCUUCUUGUGAUUGAACUGAACCUGUAAGGAUUCAUGGAUAAAAUGAACAGGAAUAGAUCUGAAUAAAGCAAAUCUGCAUAAAUGGUAACCAGUAGCUCUACUUUUAUUUUUUAUGUUGCUUAACUGUUUUUAUUUGAAGAAAACCUGUGUGAUUUAAAAAGUUAUAGCUUUUGCAACUUUAUUACUGGUUAUAUACUUUUUGGCCAUUAUAAUGUGCAAGCAAUUGGAAAAAUGUCAAGUAAAUGCUUGUUUUUAUAGUAGUAUGUUCUUGUUAAAAAUGUUCAUAUGAUAAUGUCUGUAAACAGCACCACUUUGAUUACAAUAGAUGUAGUGUUGUAAUAAACUGUUUAAUGGGGCUGAUGUGUAAAGCUGUUCAAGUUAUUUGAUGUUUACACCUCAGGGAAAGUCUUGUGUUCAGCAAUAUCUAAAGAUAAUGUUACUAUGACAUUUAUACUGUCCUUUAAAAACGCAUUGCAAUAGCAUUUUUGGAUAUGCAUCAAUCUAAUCUUGCGUUCAGUGAAUUAAACAUACUAAUUAAGUGUCUGUUGCCCUUGGUUUUGAUAUUAGGAUAGGUGAUUACAUGGAUAUUUAAUAUUUCUAUAUUCUGCUUUUCUAGCUGUUUUUACCUAGUUAGCUUGUGAUUUUUGCUGUGAAUGGUAUGUAAACCUGUAAAAAUGAAAUUUCACAGACAUAGCAAUUCAGGCAAUGUGUAGGGGUCAAAACGAUUUUGUGGUUUUAACAUUUUAGUGAAGACUCAUACGUUAUUUGCUACAGUACUGCAGCUUAAUUACAGCACAGAUGUACUGAAAUGCUUAAUUGUAAACUGCUGGCAUUGAAAAACUAUUUUGACAGUUCUGAUUUGAUGCGGCAGUUAUUUGUGGUUUUAUAUUGAUAGUGCUCGUAGUUAAUUUUUGAAGCCCUGGUCAGUGUAAAUACAGUCAUGAAGCAGACAGAUUGAAGUAAAGAAAGCCUUAGCUUUAUUUUCUGGUUACUAUAUAGAUUGCUGAAGGAUGUGAUGUUUAUUAACAUCAAGUUGUAUUCUCCUGUGUGUGUAAUGGGAGCUUAUAGGUAUAUCCUAUCUCCACAGUUUAAGGAAUUCUGUAUAUUUUCAUGCAGCCUAUUGGUUCUUGCUAGAGUUUUUUUUUUUUUCAAACCUGCCAUGCAUAUAGGCCUACAGAAGCACUUGCCUAGCAUAUGUUCUUAAAUUGCAAGAUUAGCAUAGGCAGUGUCAUUUGAUUAGAUGUUUUAUAGGAAGGUUAUCCUGAAUCACUACAGAAAUUUGAGUUUAAAACCUUAAGCAGGUUACAAUUUGAUUUUAAUGUUUUGGAAUAUGAUUAUAUUUAAGAGAUCUUCUGAUAAUACACAUUGGUUUUUUCAAAGUAUCACCAAAUCUUAGGACAGUGCUUAAGGUAUUUUUAGGUAUCCUAGAUAUUAUGUCACGUGCAACUGUAGAAGCCCUCUAGAGAACUGUACUGCAGUCCUCACUUUCCUCUUGUGCGCUGUCACACAAGUUCUUACAAAACUAGCUGUUUCAAAUUAUUCAUGAUAUUGCCAGUUUUAUUUUAAAAUAUUUUGUGAGUGUAUUUAUGCAUGGAUCAUUGGUGUUUAUCAGAACUGUUUGCUCACAGAUUUUUAAAGUCUUUUAUCUUGUUGAAAAUGCACUUGCCUUUUUAACAUUAUCUGAUAGUUGUAUCAAUUGAUUUUCUUGUUUUCUGUAUAGGUGUUUUUUUAUUUUUUUGUCAUUUUCCUAGUUUUUUAUAUUUUCAUUAUAAUGUCCUAAUGCCAAGUAUGGACAUAAAUAUAUAUUACAGGGGAAAUUAGGUAAUAGUAAGCUUAAAAGGUAAGUAAAUACCCAUGAUAAUAAAAUUUUCUCUGAACAAUUUUUAAAUGGAACCAUAAAACUCUAACUGCAUUUGAACUUGAUGAAACUGGAAAUUUUAUGCUAAUUAAAUUCUUCAUUUACUUUUUCACUUUUUAUCAGUGGAACCCUUUACUGCUCAUUCUGUGUCACUCCUCUCCCUACAUGGCUGAUUUCAUUUUGUGGCUUGUUGCAAAAGGUGUGAGUGUACUAGAAUUGCUUGCUGCUGGUCCUUUAUUUUUAAGUAUUGUCAGAGGGAAAUAACUUUUUGGUUUGACCAAUUAAUUUUUGCCGUGUUUCUCUACAUGAUAGCACAUGAAUGUAUAGCUAUAAAGGUGAAAAUUGCAAGACUUGUUUUAUUUAUAUUCCCUUCUGUUGUCUGUGGGCUGAUGUAUUUGGAAAAAACAAAACAAAACAAAAUAUUUCUUUUAAUGUACAAAAACAAUCCAAAGAGAUAAAUCUUUACUUACAGACACACCAAAAAAAGAGUCCUGGAGACCUUUCAGUUUCUUCUUAGUAAUAAUUAUACUGGAUAUGAAAACAAACUUGAAGUUAAUUUCAAACCAUAGCAUUUAUUAGUGCUAUGCGGCAACAUUCCUUUCAGCCAAUAAAGUUAUGAGUGAGUGAUACAGCACUUGAAUGGUAUUGCUUCUUGAAGCAACACUUUGAAUUGAAGUAUGCUACCUUUAGUUAAAGGACAUGUUAUAGGAAGGAUAUUUCAGUGUAAAUUUGGAAAUGUUUAUUUUGUCAGUUUUUGUAAGCAAGAUGCGGCCUAAGUUGCAGUGGCUAGUCAGUGGCUAGUGGUUGUAGUCCAUUUAAUGUCCCCUUUACCUAGAAUAUUAUUCUUAAGCGGUUAACUGCAGUUUCCAGUUCACAAAUAACUUACACAUUGUAGUUUAAGGUAUUAUUUUUAUUUAAAUCUCCUGUGGAGAACAUUGUUUUGUUUUUUACUAGUUUUUUAAGGUCAGUUCCUAAACAUGGAGGUUUUAAUGAAUGUCGUACAACAUUUUAUAGUGAAAGGGGAAAAUUGUUAGAAGGGUAACUUUUCCCUUACAUAUUUAAAUGUGCCAAUAACUAAACACAUACUGUUUUAUACAAUGAGAUUGUACUACAAACUUCCUGUUGGAGUGCUCUCUACAUUUUGGUUUUUACUACCUGAAUGAUCAUUGCAUUUUCUGUAUCUCAUAAGAUGGCUCCAAUUUUGUGUUUUAAGGUUUAGCUUGUUAAGAGAAAGUGUAUGUUCUGAUUCUUUAUGAUAAUUCAGUAUUGAAAUUCUUGGUGUUUUACAGAUACUAUCUGCCUUUUACAUUUUAAUCCAUUAAGUCCAUUUGCAUCCCAUAGCUGUUUGUAAAUGUUUCCCACAGUUGUAUGUACUUAAAUGCACGCUUACCCAUUGUACAUAUUGGACAUUUUUGUUCUAAAAUACAUUAAGUGGGAUUUUUGUAGCAAAGCAUUCUAUCUUUCUGUUCUUAAAGUAUGUGUGUGUGUGUUUUGUUUUACAUUAAUCUUAAGUUUAAAUACUGCUGUACUUUUUUUUUUUUAGCAACUUGACUCUUAGAAGCCUUAGACUAAUUUUUAAAUAAAUAUUCAACCAAAAAUUAUAAAUUUAUUAAGAUGUGGCCUUACAUAUAGCAUUCUUUGCGUUAGUAAUGUGAGCUUUUUGAUUUAGAGAAAUCAGAAGAUACAGGAUUAAAGUUUCACUGUAAGUUGAAAUAGAAAAUGUGCUAAAAUGUCUAGGCUUCUGAGAGGAAGUUCUUACACUUUUCUUUCUUGGGAUUAGAAAGAAGCAAUAUGAAUUUUUCUGAAUAUUCAAAAUAUUCAGACAGUUGUAUCCUGCUCAGAUUGAUUUAGGUUUGUCUUAACUAAUGUUUCUUUAAAAUUUCAGGUUGUUGGCAUUCACACUGAGUAUGCAGCUACUAUGGUUUUUGUGUGGGACAUAUAAAGAUUUGGUUAGAUACAGAUAGAUUUUAAUGUUUUAAGGACUUCCUGCUAUAUUAACAUUAUAAUGGGAGUCUUAAAAUAUUAAGUAUGAUUUAAUUGAAGUCACACAAAUCUUAAAAUGGUGUCUGCGGAUAGUAAAUACUACAGAAAAAAAUUUCAUUCCAUAUGAGAGUAUGGGUGUAAAUGUUUUACAGUCAUUUCAUGUUUGGACAGAACUGGCAUUCAGGAAAAAAAGCAUUUCAUUUUGAAGAUGGAUUUUUUUCUUGUUGCAUUGUUACUGCGUAACACUUCUCAGCAUUUUAUAAGUUAUUUUAAAAUACAGUGGUAAAUUCACGUUUAUUUUUUUACGUUGAAAAUUGAAGUACUCAGGUGGUAUUUAAUGGGAAAGGAUCCUUUGGGGUAAAUCAUAGUGUAUUCUAAGGAAUGCAUCUAUAACAUUGAUGACUUUAGCCUUAAAAAAAGGUCUAUUAUUCCUUCUUCCUCUUCAUCCAGUGGCAUAUUAGCAAAGUAGUUUACAGCCUUGUGCAGCCUUACAAAGUUGUUUUACAAUUUUUAAUGGAACGCCCUUAACAAAAAAAUUGUAUCAUAUUCCAGUAUCCAUGAAUUACUGAAUCACAGUUUGUAAAUAAUUUGUCUAAUACUAGAAGGCCAAAGAAAGUCUUGAAAUUUUAGCUAUUGACUCUGGUGACUUCACACAAAUAAGAUUUCUGUGCAAAAGGUAAGGUGAUAUUUGAUCAAAAGUACAUAUUUUUGGUGUCCAUAAGAACUAGACUUCCAUAUUUGCUUCUCUUAGAAAGCUCAUUCCAUUUUAUUAAAAUGUUUGUAAUUGCAAUUUUGUGUUUAAUGUUUACUUUCUGUCUUUUCUUUCUUUAGCAUUUAGGUGAUUGUUCAGCAGUUUGCUAUAUGGCCAUUGUUGGCCUUAAACUGCACUAGUAACAAGCAUGGUAUUUAUCUUGUAUUGAUAAUAAAACCAGUUUUGAUAAUA